CUCCGCCGUGGCCUUGCGCGUCGAGGCGGGCGACAUUGUCAUGCGCCUGAAGAACACCACCUGCCUCAUGGGGCCGAGCCCCAAAGCGCACGCUCUGCCCGGCCCGGCACAGCGCAUGUCCGAAGCGGACUGGACAGAGAAAUGGUUCCGCGCAAACGGCCCAAUCAUCAAUGGCCUGCUGGCGCUCACUGCGACAGCGCAGAGCCACACGUCGCCGUCGUCGCCGUCGUCGUCGUCGCCGGCGUCGUCAUCGUCGUCGUCAGUUCGUCGCCCGCUGAAGCUCGUCGAGAUCAGCGCAGCCGCGCAGCACGGCCGCGCGCCCCUGUGGCACCUCGUGCAGCCGGACCUGGUGCUCUUUGCGGGUGAGUAGUUGUAACGCGGCUGCGCAUGCUUGCGGCAUUGACGUUUUGCCGCGCAGGAAGCGAGGUUGUUGGAGGGAUCUCAAUCAAGAACCGCGAGCGCGAGGAGCUGGCUCCUGCGACCCGGCCGACACUUUCGCCCCUGCAGACCAGCAGCAACCUGCAAGAGACUGAGCGCAAGCUCCUUCACCAGCUCUUCGUGCAGACGGCGGGUCUCAACGUCGCAUGCGCUGCAGUGCUGGGCGACUAUGGCCGGGUCUUGAUGCCGUUCGAGCUGCAAACCCAGGACCGCUCCUCUGUCGCCGCACACAUCUCCUUUGCGAACGAAGGCGUGCGUGCACAGUAUCUCGAUCGUGCGACGGGACUGGAGCCGAGCGUGACAUUGGCUGCGCCGCAGGUGAAGUGGCGCAAGGAACACAACCAGAUCCUCUCAAUCGUCGAAUGGGCGCUCUACGCAGCCAAGAAGCACUUCGAGGAGCCGCCGCCCUUCGCUCGGUCGUUCAGGACGGAAGAGCUGCUGGAGGUGCGGCCGCUGCUGCCACCAGACGGGCAUAAAGCGCUGCGAACGGAGGGAAAAGCGGCGGCGGAGGCAGCCGACGCCGGGCGCACUCGCAAGCGAGCUCGAUCGUCCUCGCCGACACUUGCAGACCCCGGCAGCAGGCCGCCUAGUGGUGUCCCGACGAGCGGACUCGGCGACAGCACAACCAUUGCGAGCGGCUCGUUGGUCGCUCGUGACGACGAUAUGGUUCCGUGGCAGGGUCUGCACGACCCGCAGAGGGGCCUGUUCCUCUACAUCACGCUCUGCCCGCACUGGCAGAGCGACUUCGCGCGCGUCUACCGCGCGUGGCACUCGCCGCACCUCAGCGCGCCGGUCGCCGAGCUGCCGCAGCCGUACUUGCGCACCGCGCCGCCGCCCGACGCCACGGCCUGCGUCAUCAAGACUGUGCGCGAGAUCGACGAGGACGAGGGAGAGCUGUGGACGAACGCGGACGCGGCGAAGCUCGCACGGUGCGAACGAGCGGCCUACGCCGCACUGCAGCCGCUGCAGGGCGCGGCCUUGCCCCGCCUGCUGUACUGCGGCCCGCUGGAGCUGCGCCUGGAUGGCCGCGUGCCUGUCCUUGUGCUCGAGCACGCCGGCACGGCGCUCAGCACACUCACGCCCGCCGCGGUGGCGGCGGCGGGUGUGCGCGACGCUGUUGUCGCGGUGCGUGCGGCCGUCGCCGCAGCGUUCAGCCAGCUGCACCGCCACGGCUGGUGCCACAACGAUGCGACGCUGUGCAACAUGCUUUUUGACGUCCGCAGCGGCCGCGCGUGCAUCAUCGACCUGGAGAGCGCGGCGCCGUGCUGCAACGGCGCGGCGGAGUGUGUCGUCGCGGCCAGGGAGAUGGAGGAGGUGCACGCCGAGCUCGACCUGUGGGAGGCCGAGGCCCGCGACUGAUACCCUCACCAUGCGCUAUCCCCCAAUGACACACGUCUGAGGCGACGGAGCGCGGUGAGACACAGAUGGAUGCGACAACGCAGGGAACAGCA